AUUUCAAAUGGCACUUGUAAGCGUAUGCCUACGACGUGAAACCGCCUUGCAAGCCAGUGUUUUGAAGUGCGCUGUCCGGAUGAUGUACGAAAAUCCGUAUACAAAACUGUACAAACCCAAGAAACCACCGCCGCCCACUUUUCAUAAACAGAAAAAAACAGAAAAAAAGGUAACAGGGAAAAUGCUGCAAUAAUU